GAAAACCUAGUUUUAUCUGAAAUGACCACAACAGCCCUCCAAAGUUAGCUAUACGGUGUCACUUAAGGCAGGACAAAUAUGUCAUUUAUGUACUAUUUAUAAUCCCCCUCAAAGUUCUGAAUCAUUUGCGUCUCUUCUUCGUUGGCUGCUGAUCAGCUCGCUGCUUCAAGGAGUAGAAAUGGCUGAAGAAAUUAAGACAGCAGCUUUUAUCCCUGAAUCUGUGUUAAAGAAAAGGAAGAGAAGUGAAGAUUGGGCUUUGUUGAAGAUCCAGGAAUUAAAGACAAAGAAGGAAAAAAAUGCUGAAAAUAGAAAAAUAAUCUUCAAAAGGGCUGAGCAAUAUGGAAAAGAAUACAGAGAACAGGAAAGAGAGUUGAUAAAUUUGAAAAGGGAGGCCAAAUUGAAAGGAGGAUUUUACGUUGAACCAGAAGCCAAGCUAGUAUUCAUUAUUCGCAUUCGUGGUAUCAAUGCAAUGGAUCCAAAGACAAGGAAAAUUUUGCAACUUCUGCGUCUUAGACAAAUAUUUAAUGGCGUGUUUCUCAAAGUGAAUAAAGCAACCAUGAACAUGCUGCAUAAGGUUGAGCCAUAUGUGACAUAUGGAUAUCCUAAUCUUAAAAGUGUGCGGGAGUUGAUCUAUAAGAGGGGUUAUGGGAAGCUGAACAAGCAGAGGAUUGCUCUCACUGAUAAUUCCAUCAUUGAACAGGCUUUGGGAAAUUUUGGAAUUAUUUGCAUGGAAGAUUUGAUUCAUGAGAUCAUGACUGUGGGGCCUCAUUUCAAGGAGGCAAAUAACUUUCUAUGGCCAUUUAAACUGAGUGCACCAUCUGGAGGUUUGAAGAAGAAGAGAAACCAUUAUGUGGAGGGUGGUGAUGCUGGAAAUCGCGAGGAUUACAUCAACGAGCUCAUUAGGAGGAUGAAUUAGAUCCUAUUAUGUUUGCUUCAGUUAUUUUGGUUUCUUUAGCCUCAUGAGUUUUGCUGGCAUUACAAGUGAUAUGAGAGUACUCCGUUAUUGUUAGUUCAAGUUGAAAAAUUCAAAUGUAUUAGACUUCAGUUGGUUUACAUAUGCAUUGCUGUUUUGUGGCUCGUAAAACUUUUUAUUAUUCCUACAAGUUCUUAGAUUCAUUC